CGGCGAGCGAUGGAUGAGGAAAACAUGACGAAAAGCGAGGAGCAGCAGCUGAGUUUGCAGAAGGCGCUGCAGCAGUGCGAGCUCGUGCAGAACAUGAUCGACAUCAGCAUCUCCAACCUGGAGGGGCUCCGCACCAAGUGCGCCGCCUCCAACGACCUCACGCAGAAGGAGAUCCGCACCCUGGAGAGCAAGCUGGUCAAGUACUUCAGCCGGCAGCUCUCCUGCAAGAGGAAGGUGGCGUUGCAGGAGCGUAACGCCAAGCUGGAGGGCUUCCCCCAGCUCCUGCACUGGUUCCGCAUCGUCAACAUCCGCAAGGAGGUGAUGGAGGAAAUCGCCCCGGGGCAGCUGAGCCUGGAGGAGCUGCUCGAAAUGACAGACGACCAGGUCUGCAAGACCGUGGAGAAGUUCGGGGCCAACAGCGAGGAGUGCGCCCGGCUCAACGCCUCCCUCUCCUGCCUCCGCAGCGUGCACAAGUCAGGAGGCAGCCUCUCCAAGCAGGACUGGACCAUCCAGUGGCCGACGCCGGAAACGGGGAAGGAGAACAACCCCGCGUGCCAGCCGGAGCCCGUGCCGUGGCUCAGGACGCACCUCGCGCCGAGCCCCAAGGUGCCGGCCAAGUGCGGGCAGCACUACUGCCACGCGGGCUCGGCCCACGGCCCCAUCUACACCCACGUGGACCGGCUCACCGUGGAGGGCCACCCGGGGCUGUGCCCGCCGGUGGAGUCCGGCCACCGCUCGCUGCCGCCGUCCCCGCGCCAGCGGCACGCGCUGCACACCCCGCCGCGGACGCCCAACAUCGUCACCACCAUGACGCCGCCGGGCACGCCGCCGGUGAGGCGGCGCAACAAGCUGAAGCCGCCGGGGACGCCGCCCCCGUCCUCCCGCAAGCUCAUCCACCUGCUGCCCGGCUUCACGGCGCUGCACCGCAGCAAGUCGCACGAGUUCCAGCUGGGCCACCGCGUGGACGAGGCGCACACCCCCAAAGCAAAGAAGAAGAACAAGCCCUUGAACCUCAAGAUCCACAACAGCGUGGGAAGCUGCGAGAACAUCCCCUCGCAGCGCUCCCCGCUGCUCUCGGAGCGCUCCCUGCGGUCCUUCUUUGUGGGAUACCCGCCGUUCCUGCCCUCCACGCCUCCUGUCCACACUGAAGCCACCUUCUCAGCAAAUACGCUGUCAGUGCCUCGCUGGUCCCCGCAGAUCCCCCGUCGCGACCUCGGCAACUCGAUAAAACACAGGUUUUCCACCAAGUACUGGAUGUCGCAGACCUGCACCGUCUGCGGCAAAGGAAUGCUGUUCGGCUUGAAGUGCAAAAACUGCAAGCUCAAGUGCCACAACAAAUGCACCAAAGAGGCCCCACCGUGUCACCUGCUGAUCAUCCACCGCGGAGGGAGACGAGCCGUACGGUGCGAGGCAGAUUUGCAUCCCAAACCACUUCCACCCACCCUCCCCCUGCCACCUUUCCUUUUCAGAUUCCCCACAGCACGGGCGAGGUUAGUCCGGACCGAGUCCGUGCCCUGCGAUAUCAACAACCCCGUACGGAAGCCGCCCAGGUAUUCGGACCUGCACGUGAGCCAGACGCUUCCCAAAACCAACAAGAUCAACAAGGACCACAUCCCGGUGCCCUACCAGCCGGAUUCCAGCAGCAACCCCUCCUCCACGACCUCUUCCACACCUUCCUCGCCUGCCCCGCCGCUGCCACCCAGCGCGACUCCGCCAUCCCCCCUCCACCCCUCGCCUCAGUGCACGCGGCAGCAGAAGCAGUUCAACUUGCCAGCUUCCCAUUACUACAAAUACAAGCAGCAGUUCAUUUUCCCUGAUGUGGUGCCUGAGACGCCAACCCGAGCCCCGCAGGUGGUCCUCCAUCCGGUCAACUCGAACCCAAUCUUGGAAGGAAAUCCAUUACUUCAAAUUGAAGUGGAGCCAACGUCGGAGAAUGAGGAGGGGAACGAGGAGGCCCAAGAGUCAGAGGAUGACUUUGAAGAGAUGAACCUCUCCCUCCUCUCGGCUCGCAACUUCCCCCGCAAGGCCAGCCAAACCAGCAUCUUCCUCCAGGAGUGGGACAUCCCCUUUGAACAGCUGGAGAUCGGGGAGCUCAUUGGCAAGGGGCGCUUUGGCCAGGUGUUUCACGGGCGCUGGCACGGUGAGGUGGCCAUCCGCCUCAUUGACAUUGAGCGGGACAAUGAGGACCAGCUGAAGGCCUUCAAGCGGGAGGUGAUGGCUUACCGGCAGACCCGCCAUGAGAAUGUGGUGCUCUUCAUGGGAGCCUGCAUGAGCCCUCCCCACCUUGCCAUCAUCACCAGCCUGUGUAAAGGACGGACUCUCUACUCGGUGGUGAGAGAUGCCAAAAUCGUCCUGGACGUCAACAAGACGAGGCAGAUAGCUCAAGAAAUCGUGAAGGGAAUGGGCUACCUGCACGCCAAGGGGAUCCUUCACAAAGACCUCAAGUCGAAGAACGUUUUCUACGAUAACGGGAAGGUGGUGAUCACGGACUUCGGCCUCUUCAGCAUCUCGGGGGUGCUGCAGGCGGGCAGGCGGGAGAACAAGCUGCGGAUCCAGAACGGCUGGCUGUGCCACCUCGCCCCGGAGAUCAUCCGCCAGCUCUCGCCCGACACCGAGGAGGACAAGCUGCCCUUCUCCAAGCACUCGGAUGUCUUUGCACUCGGCACUAUCUGGUAUGAGCUGCACGCGCGGGAAUGGCCCUUCAAGACGCAGCCGGCAGAGGCAAUAAUAUGGCAGGUGGGAAGAGGGAUGAAGCCCAACCUCAGCCAGAUCGGAAUGGGCAAGGAGAUCUCGGACAUCCUCCUCUUCUGCUGGGCCUAUGAGCAAGAGGAGAGACCCACCUUCACCAAGCUCAUGGACAUGCUGGAGAAACUGCCAAAGCGGAACCGUCGCCUUUCCCACCCCGGGCACUUCUGGAAGUCAGCGGAGCUGUGACAGAAGGACGUAAGGGACGGUGCCUUCCUCCCCUCUUCAGCUCUCCUCUUCCUCCCUCCGAAGAGCCGAGGGUGCUGCGGACCACCGGCGCGAGACGAAGCCGCCUCUUCCCCGUGCAGAGUUUCGCUCCGUCCCGCCGCGCGGAGCCGGGACGCGGCCCGGACCCCCACGCUGGCCCGGGACGGGGGGCACGGGCUCUCGGGCGCCCGCCCGCGUGGCUGCGCGCAGGGUUGCUCUGGCGGUACCUGCCCGCCGGUUCCCGGCGGAGCGGGGGGAAGCGACCAGGCAAACGGCUUCGAUUUCACACCAGGGCUUCUGCCAUCCCAAUCAGCGUGGUCAGUGCUAAUGCUGCUCAUCCGGGGGCACUUGCUUCUUCCUUGGUGGUUUUUUUUCCUUUAUUUAAUUGCUUUUGUUGUUGUUAAGGAGAAAAAAAGGGGGGCAACGCUGCUGAUUCCUGGGUUUGCCACUCGAGCCGGUGCCCGCCGCCGGGGGAGCGGGAGCGCCGCUGCCAUUAGCUGUCCCCCGCGGAGAAAUCCCAUCUGCGGCACGGCGCCGGGCAGCCCAGCUCCCGCGCUCCUGCUCUGCCCCUUAAUGGCAGCCGCGACCUUUCGCAAGCGGCUCCUCUCCCUCCCGGCCGUACCCAUGUGCGCUCGCCCCCUCGGCGUCUCCCUCCCGGCAGGGCACGUGUCCGUAUCCAUGCGAAAUUAGCCGCUCGCCCUGGCGCGUAGCUCAUCAGCAGAGCUGCUUCCUCGCUCACCUCCCUGGCGCUGCUCUUACCGCCUUGCUCCUUCCUUCGCCCCUCUCCGCAGAAAGAGUGGCAAAGGUGUGUUUUUAAGAUGCCGCUUCCCUGGACGUAGCCGGGCGAGCGGGGCUCCGGGCGUGCAGCCGGAGCGGUCGCCUCCGGCCGCAUCUUCCCGUGUCACGGCGGGCGCGCGGGGAGCAGCGCGGCCCGGGAGACCCUCGCGGCGAGUAUCACCCCCCGCUGCCGCCCCGACCACCCCGCCGCGCUGCUCCGAGCUGCCGGUUCCCUCUGACGCCGCGGGCCGGCGUUUCCCUCCGAGCGUUGGUUUGGCCCUGGAGCCCGUUACGCGAGAUGUCGAGCGACGGAUGGCAGCAGAUUGCAUUUUCAGGCCCUUAUUGAAUGUAAUUGCUCGGCAGGCACCAUCCUGAAUGAUUUAAUCGCAGUAUAAGUUGGCUUUAAUUUAGAGAUGUUGCAGCUCUGCAAACGAACCAGUCCUGCUUUGUUUGCUAGGAAUUGCUCCAGCUCACUUCUGCCAAUGUUUUGGCUGCUUUAGCCUGAAUACGUGAAGGUUAGAAACCUCUGCUCCACGUUGUGUUUAGGAAGAAAUAUUAAUUUAAUUGUGAGGGCAUGUAGGAAAGCGGUUGGAUGCUCUUUCUUUCUCUUUCCCCACUCCCCUCCAUCUCUCCCAGGUUUAUGGUGCAGGGCUUGAGUCUGUAUCCACAGGCCCAAAACAGGGGAAACCAAGAUGUUUGCACUUUGUCCCCAUGCAUUUAGCUUAGCUGAGGUUUACAUUUGCUCCUGGACUAACUCCGCGGCUGAAAGAGGCUGUACACGAGGUGGGAGGCCGCGGGGUCCCUCGAGCCCAGGCGGCGAUAGGCAGGAGCCGGCUGCCAUCACGGCACUGGCCCUGGCCGCUGCCGGGGUCACGGUUCCCACUGCCUUGGGCCAGUUUUAACUUGGCACCUCCAGAAGCUGCCGCAGGUCUUGCAAAGAGCUGGGAAUUAAGCAGCGCUUGACAUCCUGAGCCAGUUUGUGGAAAAUCCCGUGGAGCCUCAGCCGCCGAUGGGAUUUUUCUCCCAAGUGGAGCGUGCCAGGGAGAGAGAAGAGGCACCGCCGCGGUCGAUGGGCAGCGUGAAACUCCCGCAGCCCGCUAGGCGUUGGGCAGGCUUGUGGCGGGAGGCACCGCGUCCUUCUCGAAAGGCAGGACGCCGAGCCCUCGGCCGCGCGAGAGCGUUUCCUCGCCGGGGCCCGGGUGUCUGCAAGCGAUCCGACACCCAACAGCUCUCACCUUGUCUUCAGCCUGCAAGAGCCAAAUUUCUCUUUGCUACAGCUCAACAGGAGCUGUUUUCCUGCACAUCACCUUGGCCCAUCUUAAUAAACAGCCACCACGCUCACGAAUCAAGAAUAUCGCCGUUGCCUCCACACCGCUUUCUCUUCCCACCCCGCGAUAACGUCUCACCCGGGCCGCGAGCGGAGAAAGCCGUUGCACAACAGCGUAGAUGGAAAAAGAGCUGCCCUGUAUUUAUCGUUAAUUAGCUCAGAAGAGCAGCUCCUUCCCUUCCAUUCAGCGCCGCGACGAUUGUUUGUGCAGCCGUGUUAUUUGCAUCGUGCUUUCUUAUUUUUGAAAGUCUUAAUUAUUUAAAAAAAGAAAAGUCUUUUUUUUUUUUCAUUCUUUGUUUUUUCAACUCCAGCUUUGUGCAUGCUCUUUUCCCAGUUUAAAAAUAUCCGGUUCUCCAGCCCGGAGAGAAUGCAGGAAAAAAACCCUCUCCACAAUGCCCUCUAAUAGGAGAUCCGAAGGAGCGAGAAGGUUCAUCCGGUUGCUCAGUUUAGCUGCACGAGCUGCAGGAGAGACGUGGGUUAUUUCGAGAUGCGCUGGCUGAGAGUGGAGACCGUCCCCCAGCAGAGAGGUUUCGAGCAGCAGCUUCUUUGGCAGGGGACGGCCCCAAAUUGCCCGCAUGGAUCUCUGUGGGCGCUGUCACUGGUUUAGAGAGGCGGAUCCACUCGACCCGUUCUCCUGGCCGCUGAUGGGAUUGAGAGCUUAGUCCACCUAAGGGUCCCAUGAAUAUUGAGUGGGAACUUGGAACGUUAUUUGAGUGGAGAUGUGGGGCGGUGGUCCCAUGCUGCGGAGGUCUCUUGUAGGGCGUCAGCGUUUCUGAGCAGAGGACUCUUGUAAGAGCAGGAGACUCUUCAGAGAGGGAUUUUGAGCGUCGGCAGGUCCCGGCGGUCUCUAGCGCGGUGCUGGCGAUGGUCUCCUGAUCCUGUCCCUGAGCGGGUGGCUUCUCAGUUCCUACAGUCGCCCACCGAGGCUCUUCCCCGCGGUCCCCUCAUCCUGACCUCGCUGCCAUCAGAGGUUUCCCAAGGUCUCCAUGCUCACUAGUAACCCCGUGGCCAGGACAGAGUGACAAAUUCCAGCGCGGAGGGGUCGUCGUCUCUCUCUGGUGAUGAAAAGUGUGCUUUAUGACCCCAAAGCACCGUAUCCUCCUUUGGCUGCUAACUCGUGUCUUGCAAUCCUAUUUCUUUCUGAACCCACCUUUCCCCGCUCUGCCCCCUUCAUCUUCCGAGUGGUUUGGGCUGCACGGGGCCGCAAUCCCGUGUGAGUCGCCGUUCCCCAAUUCCAGCUUAGCCUUGAGCAACCAGGCAAUUUAAUGGGCAUCAGGAGCUAAGUCCGGCCCCAACUGUUUCCGUCCAACGCUCCCUCGACCGUAGCAGGAGCCCUGAUGAAGCAAAGUAGCUACACACUGCAUUUAAGAUACACGGCACCCGGAAAUUGGUGCCUCUGCUUUGGAGGAGCUGCUCAGCGCCUUCAGGCUCGGCAGAUGCUGCUCCAGAGCUGGCCACGCAGGCUGCUCUCGCCCCGACCGGGCUGCUCGGCAGCGCGGGGGGUUUCUUUGCAUAGGCGUUGCCGGGAGGGCUCGUCCGCACCCAGCCCGGGCUGCGACCCGGAGGCCGCGAGCCCCCGGCGCCUUGCAUUCGGUUCCUCCUUUUCGCCGUUUAUUUAUUCUUAUUUAUUUCUAUUUAUUUAUUUCUUUAUUUGCCAAUGGUGAUUCUUAAGGGAAGCUUUGUCCGCUGCAAAAGCCUUUUGAGUUUCCGGUCCCUGUAAAGUAUGCUGUUACAUUUUCUUGUACAUAAGGUAUAUAUAAAUAUAUAUACAUAUCUCUAUAUGUAUGUAUAUAGAUAUAUACAUAUAUAACGAGCUCUAAAUCCUGUACAGUUUCAAACUGAACUCGAUGGCCUGCUUUGUUUUCUCCGUGUUAGUUCUGACCGCUGCAGAAUGAGCUACUUUUAAUUUCUGUUUUCCUCUUUCUGUUUUCUUUUUAUAAAUAUAUACAUAAAUAUAUAUAUAUUUUGUUGUGGUUGUUGCAAAAUUCUUGUCACUGGAAAAGAACAAUUGAUUCUGGUGCAAAAAAUAAAAACACACACACAAACACAAAAAAACAAAAAAAAACUGAGAAAGGCAUGAUGGAUCUCCCCGAUGUAAAUUUGUACAGUAACAUUUAUAACGUUUUCUACACUUUAAGAAAGUAUUUAUAAUUUCCGCUGUCUGACUGAGUGCGAAUCGCUGUGACCUGCCAAAACGGUUAGCCAUUUGUUCCCGUGGUUUUUCUUUCUUUCUUUCUUUCUUUUUCCUUUUUUUCCCCUUUUUUUGGUGUGCAGUGUUUGGUGAGGUGACGGUGUAUGAAUUAUUUAUGCCAAUAAAAACUUUGCAAACGAUUGCA